AUGUGUGGUACCACAAGAGAUGUUUUCUCUCAGAUGAGAGACUCCCUUCAAGAACUCCAAUCAUCCCUGAGAAGAAAAAGAGGGUCAUGUAGUGAAUCUGGUGAUCUGGGCAAUGAGAUAAUAAUCAGCUCAUACAUGUUCUCCAAAAAGAAAUUGGCUAAAAUGAUCAAGAGUUCAAAGACUAUGACAACAAAGAAAUUGGUAGUUACCAAGGAUUCUGAUUUGUUUUCAGUGGUUACCAUCCUUAAUGAGGUCGAGGAAGUCACCUCUGAAGUGUUUCAAUCCCUCUUGGCUUUCAUUUCUGGGCCAAAGACUAGACCAGGCUCAUCGUCUAUAGUUUCAAAGCUAUUUGGGUCUAGAAAAGUGUCAUGUGAAGGAGAAUUAGAAGCCAAUAAUGUUGAGUUGAUACUUGUAAAUUCAAGUAAUAAAGGCAUCAAAAGUGUACAAGUGAAACAAGUAUUGAAGGGAUUGGAAUCACUAGAGUUUAACAUCCAGGAAUUUAAGGAGGAAUUAGAAUGCAUCUUUAGGCAGUUGAUGAAAACUAGAGUUUCCAUUCUCAACAUUUUCAACAACUAG